GCCACAAAAAAAAAAAAAAAAUGAGAAUUCUGCUUCUAUUUCCCUUUCUCGGCCUCUUUCUAACGGCGGCCGCCGCCUCUUCCGCCGGAACCACCGCAAACGCAACAGACUUCAUCCGCAUGAACUGCGACACCACACUAUACCCAGAGCUCUGCUACCACUCACUAGCCGGGUACGCCAACGCCGUACAGCAGGACCCGGCUCGGCUGGCUCGGGUAGCCGUCGGCGUGAGCUUGUCCCGCGCCAAGAAGAUGGCCCUGUACAUAGCCAAUCUUUCCCGAAAUGCCGACUACGGAGCCGACCCGCGGGCUUCCUCCGCCCUGCACGACUGCUCCUCCGUGAUGGGGGACGCGGUGGACCUGAUACGAGGGUCGGUGAAGCAGAUGCGGCGGCUGACGACGGGCGGCGGCGGAGGAGGAGAGGAGCUGAGGUUCGAGCUGAGCAACGUGCAGACGUGGAUGAGCGCGGCGUUGACGAACGAGGACACGUGCGUUGACGGAUUCGAGGAUGUUUCCGAGGGGCCGGUGAAAAUGGACGUGUGUGAUCGGACGAUGAGGGUGAAGGAGGUGACGAGCAAUGCGCUGGCGCUUGUGAACAGCUUUGUGGCUAAGGUUAUGGUCCCAUGACUACUGAUGAACAUGACUCCUCACAAAUUGAGAUAUUAUUAUUUUGUCAAUAUAUAUGUAAUAUAUAUUUGUAUACUAGGUUCAUUUUCGUCUGUUGUUAAAUACUAUAUAUUAAAAAAAAAAAUAGUAAGUUAAUGAAAUUGGAGCUGAGUUAUUAAUUUUGGAGUUACCUGAAUAUAUAUGUCAGGUGGAUAGUUCCACUCUGGCUUUCCGUUCCU